GGGCCGCGGGGCGGCGCGGGCGGCGCGGGCGGCGCGGGCAGCCCCGACAAGAGCCACAGCGCGCAGGAGCACAAGGAGCAGGGCAACCGCCUCUUCGUGGGCCGCAAGUACCCCGAGGCCGCCGCCUGCUACGGACGCGCCAUCAACCGCAACCCCUUGGUGGCCGUGUACUACACGAACCGGGCGCUGUGCUACCUGAAGAUGCAGCAGCACGACAAGGCGCUGGCCGACUGCAAGCGGGCGCUGGAGCUGGACAGCCAGUCGGUGAAGGCGCACUUCUUCCUGGGGCAGUGCCAGCUGGAGAUGGAGAGCUACGACGAGGCCAUCGCCAACCUGCAGAGAGCCUACAACCUGGCCAAGGAGCAGCGGCUGAAUUUCGGCGACGACAUUCCCAGCGCGCUGCGCAUCGCCAAGAAGAAGCGCUGGAACAGCAUCGAGGAGAAGCGCAUCAAUCAGGAGAACGAGCUGCACUCCUACCUGACCAAGCUCAUCAUGGCAGAGAAGGAGAGGGAGCUGGCCGAGUGCCGAAAGACUCAGCAAGAAGAAAAUGCGGAUGACAGUCGGAGCCGAGCUCAGCUGGCCAACAUUGAAGCCAAACACGACAAGUACUUGGCAGACAUGGAUGAGCUUUUCUCACAAGUGGAUGAGAAGAGGAAGAAGCGGGACAUCCCAGACUACCUGUGCGGGAAGAUCAGUUUUGAGCUGAUGAGAGAGCCCUGCAUCACGCCCAGCGGGAUUACGUACGACAGGAAGGACAUAGAGGAGCAUCUCCAGCGCGUGGGCCACUUCGAUCCUGUGACGCGGAGUCCUUUGACCCAGGACCAGCUGAUCCCCAACCUCGCCAUGAAGGAGGUGAUAGACGCGUUCAUAUCAGAAAACGGCUGGGUAGAAGAUUAUUGACGGCCGAGGGGGCGAAGCUGCCCGGACGCUCCCGCCGCCCCGGCGGCGCUCGGCCGCACACGGCGCCCGCGGGGCUGGCACCAUGCCUUACUCACUGUCUGUCUGUCCCYUCCGCUCCGGGUGCCCGGAGCCCCCUUGGCAGCGCUGGGCUGGGGACCGCUGGCAUCUCCCCUGCCCCAGGAUCCGCAGCGGGCUGCGCAGGCACCAAGGUUCCCCCGUUCCCGGCCUCCAUCGGGUCCCCAAGGAGCGGGAUGGCCGGCACGAGGAGGGGAGCCCCUCGGCUCCGCAGGGAUGUGGUGCUCCGAGGAGAGCCUGGCCGUUGGGAGAAGGGACGGUGGCUCAUGGCGGGGGCUCCGAAGGUUCAACCAGCGUCUCCAUCGCCCGGAGAGCAGGGACCGUCCUGUGCGACGGCAGCUGCCAGUCUCCAAAGAAGGUUCCCGUGUCCUCGGCGUGAGCCCUGCUCCGGGGAGGUGCUGCAGCGAGAGCCYGGCUCGGUGACGGGCGAGGAGCUUGCUUGGACGGGCGCUUGGUGCUCCCCGUGCUCACCUGGCCUGGUCCCCUCUCCCUGUACAUAGUUUCCUAUUCAUUCCAUCUCCUGUCUGUCCAGUAGUAGCGUGUCUUGCUGUUUCCUGUAAAUAGCCACGUGCCGGGGAUGGGAGACCAACCUCUACUUUAAAGACAUGGACUUGGCUYUAGACUUUUUCUGGGAAACCACUGCCCCUUGGCUGGAAGAGGCUGUCCUCACACCUCCCCUUUCCUGCCGGCCCUGGGACUGUAGUUGCCCA